CAGCUGAAAGCAAAGAUUUUCCAUCGCGCAGUGUGAUAAUUAUCGGCAGCACGAGAGUCUACAGUGCUGAGCAGGGAAAUCAACGUAUUUCUGAUUGUUCCGUAAAGUCGUUCGGAGGAGCACUGCGGUUAAUAUGUGGGAUGUUCGGACAUACCUUUGUGUACUCCCUGUAAGUGCCUAGCACAUUGGUUUUGCAGAUGUAGAACGCGCUUCGUCUAUCUAUCUGCCCGACAGAGGUCGUGUGUGUUUUCGCAACAACGUAGUUUCUGUUCGAGGGAGGGGAAGUGUAGUGUGGAGGAUUUACCUAUAAAUUGUUCCUUAUACUUACAAAUAUAACGACCUUGGAAUACAAGGUGAGGACAAGUACGUCAUCCGAAGGUCAGCAAAGAGACAGGUCGGCAUGUCAUCGCCACGGGUGCACGAUCCACUCUUCCAUUUCGAGACCCAUUUCCCAGAACGACUUUCAAGACUCCAUCUAAAUCCUGAAUUUGGCCCAGUAUCACCACACAGAAAGAACAAACGUUCGCGAGCAUCUCGCCAAGGCGUGAGAUAUAAAACCCAACCUGUCACUUUUGACGAAAUAACUGAAGUUGACGAGGAAAUUACACCCAACACAGAAGCUGAGAACACAAUCGACCAACUACAGGCCUUCUCGCGCUCUAUGGAUGGACUGCUUCCAAAACUACCAGGGAAAAAGAAGAACAACAACAAUAACGAUGACACUACUUCCGGUAAAACAUUUAGCCAAUCAACAGUCGCGACACAAACCGCAGCAAAUGAAAAUCGUUUGCAAGGAAAUGACAUUACCGCUACAAAUGAUAAGGAAGAUAAAGAAAAUUGCCCUGAAUCGAAGCUUGACCCGAGUGGGCUGACCGCACUGCCACCAACAGGCCUACCAACGGGUAAACACGAUGGACGCCGGCAAAAAAUGACGGCGAAAGCAAAAAGACGUCAGAUGAUGGAGGCUGGAAAAGAUGGGACGAAAGAGUCGUGAACACAAAUAGCGGUCCACUGUUGGAUUAGAUAAGAGAGUAUUUUCGUGUUUACGUAAUGCCAUAAUAAGGCCUUGAGGUACUCUAUCUCAGUGAAUAAUAUACUAUGUCGUUAUUUUUUUUUUUCGUUGGUAUGUAAUUUAAAUGCUAACGCUGGCCUGGUUAUGCCGGGCGUGUCAAAUUGACAGUUUUGAAACAUGUGUUAUCGGAACAUCUAUGCUUAUGUCUGGCGGAUAAUUUGCACUGUUUUAUAUUCGACACUUUGCAUCCUUUACUGAAAAUUGCCAGUAUUGCUGUAAGUCAGUGGAUUAUUCUUUAUAAAGGCUGAUUUUACUGUUGUGUUAGUAGAAAAUUAGUUAUGUACAUUUGUACCUUUUCAGUGUAGACAACCCAUCACUUAAAUGAGUUCAUAUAUUUUGGUGCUAGAUAUUCCACAAACAGGUUCCGGUUUUUCAAAGGUUGGAUAGAAAUAACAAGAAGAUUGCUGAAUAAAGAUAUCUUAAAUAAAGAUAAAAAAAAACAUUAUUACCGUUUCACGGCUAUGUGAAGAGACAUGUCAGAUUGAUAUACUGUGUGUGGUAGUUUUGUCUAACCAACCUUUGAUCAUCCUUAGCCAGGCCGCUUAGUUUGAUUUGUUGUACGUUGUUUUCAUCAGGUUUUGUAUAAAGAAGUUUCUCCUGUAUUUGGUAUCAGGGAUGUGCUAUGGAUUUCACUGACACUAAAGUAGACAUUUACAAGUGAAGAAUCGUCUUGUCAAGGUUUUUUUAAGACAAGAGUACAGAUGUUAUGCCAGCAGUUACCUAGAAUGGACCUCUAUCCUGAUAUAUUUUCAUGGUUACAGUUGACAAAUUAAAUCAUUUAAGAAUAUUCCUCCAGAAAACACAGAUAUCCUUAUAUCUAUUUGGCAUGCACAGGGUUAGAUUAGGGUUUUUUUUUUCAAACCAUUGACCUCUAUUUAAUGUCACAUAAGUAAAAUAUGUUAAACAUCUUUAAGAAUUGUCCUGGUUAAUCCCGGAAGACCCAGGGAAAUGGUCCCGGCAAGAGUUAUAAUUCCUUUACAAAAUUCACAUUUUAAAAGAAAAUGGUCGUAAUUUGUUUUUUUUACAUCAUGAAGACUGGUAUUGUAUAUUCUUUUUAAUGUACAUGGGUACUUUGAACAAGGAAUCUGAAACACGUGCUGAUUAUUGUGGCUUUAAAAAAAAUCCAUGUAAGCAAUGACGGUCUUUUCGGAGCCUCUUUUGUCUGUAUCAAUCUACAAAAUGCAUCUUUCUGCAUUCUCCGUCUGUUGAUGUGAUUAUAUAUAUCCAUAGUGUAUAGGACUAAACUGAAAUUUCUCAUUUAUCUUUUGUCCGGCGUCGUCCGCCAUCAAACAUUUUCGACUUGAUCGAAUCUAAGGACUGCACGGCCCAGGAUGAAGUAAGAUUACAGAUUAUACUGUCCCUAACACGUAGGAACUUGUGAGACAGGGCCAAAAAGUGUCAAAGUCACUGAAAUGAAAAGUAAAGACAAAGAUAUGGUAGAAUUAAAUACACUUCAUGGAUGGAAGAACUGUAAUGUGAUUUUUGUGGAUUUAUAUGACUUCAGACUACCGCAUUUCGCCCGUCGGGAGGGGGAUUUUGAGGAAGUUCUGUUUUGAUUUUCAUUGUAAAAUACUUGAAUUAGAAUGUUCUAGAUACCUAUAAAUGGCAGUAGUACAGGUUUUUGACGAUUCCAGCUGAAAAUAAUAUAAUUAUAACCCUUCUCUCAUCUAAUUUUCUUGCUAUCAACACUGUUUUCAUUUGAUGACAUGCAUAAUUUGGUUCAAAAUUAUCUUAUUUUGUUAACAUUAUGAUUCUGUAAUGGAACUCUGAGCUAUAUCACAAGUAGAGCUAAGAAAACGAGGCGUUUGUGUGGAAUUGAAUUAGAAAUGACCUGGUUGUACAGUCUUGUAUAUAUCAUCUCUUGUUUACUCGUUUGGACAUCUUAUUAGUUUUAAUCGGUUUCUAUUCUAAUCAAAUGUUAUCAGUUACAGUUUAAGGAAUCAGUUUUAUGUUAAAGUUUUAUGUUUUCACUGCAUUCUCUGCAUAAUAUUCAUUGCAUUGAGUAUUUUCGUUUCGUCUUUGGCUUGAAAAAUGUCGAUGGAACUUGUAACUUAAGAAGUAAAUAAAAGGGUAAUUCAAAA